GGGUAAUUAAGGCUACGCUUUAGACGCCAGGGCCAGCGAGUCGCAGCCGGGUGACUCAGGUGCCGCGACUGCGCAUGCUCUCGCCCCAGCGCCCGGCGGCCACCUCUUUCCCGCGGGCGGGCCGGGGCGGGGCACUGAAGGGGGCGGUCCAGGACCCUGACUUGUCUCGCGGUUACUGGGCCGGCGCGAGCACGCGAGGCUCGGGGGCGGCACGGGGCGGGGUUUAGCCUGUGGUGGGCGCUGCGGGUGUUUGCAAGAGGUUGCAGUACUCGCUGGGCUGAGGUCGUCUCGGGUGAGGAGGUCGCGCCGGAAGUGGCUCUAGCCGUGGCGUUUCGGCGUAGUAAGGAGCCUGCAACAGAGUUUUGUUGUUUAGGGGGCGCGGCACCGCACCGCUCCCUUCACCUUGCAGCAGCCAUGGCGAAAGGCAGAGUUGCCGAACGAUCGCAGUUGGGCGCUCACCACACGACCCCCGUGGGGGACGGGGCAGCGGGGACGCGGGGUCUCGCGGCGCCUGGCAGCAGAGACCACCAGAAGGAAAAAUCCUGGGCAGAAGCUGGAUCAGCAAGAAUGUCACUCCUUAUAUUGGUGUCCAUUUUCUUAUCUGCAGCUUUUGUUAUGUUUUUGGUAUAUAAAAAUUUUCCUCAGCUUAGUGAAGAAGAAAGAGUGAAUAUGAAGGUUCCCAGAGAUAUGGAUGAUGCCAAGGCUCUAGGAAAAGUUUUAUCCAAAUACAAGGACACCUUUUAUGUUCAAGUACUUGUAGCUUAUUUUGCUACAUAUAUUUUCUUGCAAACAUUUGCUAUUCCAGGCUCUAUAUUUCUCAGUAUACUCUCAGGGUUUCUUUAUCCCUUUCCACUAGCCUUAUUUCUUGUUUGUUUGUGUUCUGGACUUGGUGCCUCUUUCUGUUAUAUGCUUUCCUAUUUAGUUGGGAGACCAGUUGUAUACAAAUACCUAACAGAGAAAGCAGUAAAAUGGUCACAGCAGGUUGAACGUCAUAGAGAACAUCUCAUUAACUACAUUAUAUUUUUGAGAAUAACACCAUUUCUGCCUAAUUGGUUUAUUAAUAUCACAUCUCCUGUGAUAAACGUGCCAUUGAAAGUUUUUUUUAUUGGUACUUUUCUAGGUGUCGCACCUCCUUCUUUUGUAGCCAUUAAGGCAGGAACAACACUGUAUCAACUUACAACAGCAGGAGAAGCUGUUUCCUGGAACUCAAUAUUUAUUCUGAUGAUCUUGGCUGUUCUUUCUAUUCUGCCAGCCAUCUUCCAAAAAAAACUAAAGCAGAAAUUUGAGUAAAAAUAAUCAUCUGAUUUUUAGUUUUGCUGUCAUCACCAUCUCAGGAUUAACAGGUGCAUCCAUUUAUGUUUUAAAAUCACCUCUUCAGUAAUUAAACAAGGAAUUUGUAAAAUAAAAUUUCCUAUCAGAUAGUUAAAGUAAUACAUUUAAGUGACAAGGGGAGAAGAAAGUAAAAAUGGAAAUUGGUAUACUGUGAAAAGUGCUAUCAAUAGUUAAGGUAGACAUCUUAGACAUCUUAUAAAUUAUUAUACCAAGGGUAGCUGUAGAUAAUAGUAGUGUGGUAGGAAAUUGUUGAUCCAGCUAAUUCAUUCAAUUUAAUUGAAUAUUUUUUAUCUUUAAUAACUAAAACAGAUAUUUUUAAAUUCUAGAUUUUUUAAAGUAGUGUUGCAGGUUUUGUUAAUGUUAGGCUUUUUUCAGAGCAUAAACUGGAAAACUUAAAAAGAGAUUUACAUUUUCUUCCUCUUUUUUUUUUUCUGUUUUGAGACGGAGUCUAGCUCUGCUGCCCAGGCUGGAGUGCAGUGGCGCGACCUCCGCUCACUGCAAGCUCCACCUCCUGGGUUCACGCCAUUCUCCUGUCUCAGCCUCCCGAGUAGCUGGGACUACAGGCGCCCGCCACCAUGCCCGGCUAAUUUUUUUGUAUUUUUAGUAGAGACAGGGUUUCACCGUGUUAGCCAGGAUGGUCUCGAUCUCCUGACCUCGUGAUCUGCCCGCCUUGGCCUCCCAAAGUGCUGGGAUUAUAGGCGUGAGCCACCGCGCCUGGCCCAUUUUCUUCCUCUUUUGAGGUAAUGGAUUUGUUUGGAGAUGGCAUGUUAGUAGACGACUGAAUAUGGAAAGGAUAUCAAGUUAUCUAUUUUGUUAAUUUUAUUUUUGUUUUUUAUCAUCUAGAUUUUUAUCAUGGAUUAGUCUGAAAUUCAAAGUUCUGGCCAGUCUGUUUUCUUUUAUCUUGUAGUUUUGACAGUAUUUCCACUGUGCAUAUGCAAAAUGGGUAUUACAUAACUGUAUCAUAUUUGGUAUUGAUAAUUUUUUUUUUUUUUUGAGACGGAGUCUUGCUGUUGCCCAGGCUGGAGUGGAGUGCGUGGUGUGAUCUCGGCUCACUGCAAACUCCGCCUCCUGGGUUCAAGCGAUUCUCCUGGCCCAGCCUCCUGAGUAGCUGGGAUUACAGGUGUGUGCCACCAUGCCCAGCUAAUUUUUGUGUUUUUAGUAGAGACGGGGUUUCACCAUGUUGGCCGGGCUGGUCUUGAACUCCUGACCUCAGGCUAUAUGCCCACUUCCACCUCUCAAAGUGCUGGGAUUACAGGCAUGAGCCACUGUGCCCAGCCUGGUAUUGAUAAUUUAUAUUCAGAUAAUUUGUUAUGGCUCUUUAAUAUCCCACAAGGGGCUCUAAGAAGCAAACAUUCAAGAGUAUGUAGUUUUUAGACAUUAAGUUAAUUAUUUUAAACAGUGACAGCAAAACACAAGUGAUUAAAUAUAGUUUAUUUGUUCCAAUGACUAAAUUUUACCUCAUUAAUCUGGUCAUUAAGGAAUAUAUUUAAUAAUAUUAUGUAAUUAUUCUUUUUAUGCAUGAUACACCUAGAAAAAUGCCUUUUGUUUCUAUUGAUGGCUUUGUUGUUUGGAGCUACUUUUGAUUACUUAUUGCAGUUUCCCAAUUUAGUCUUUACUUUAUCUAACUCACAAAGUAAAAUUAACUGAUCACAUGGCAACUACUGUAUUUAAAUAGUUCUGGAAAAAUGAAAGUGCUUUUUGCUGCUUGGUAAAUGGGUAAUGCCCUUGAUUCCUUGACUGUAGGACAUAGCUGAUCUAAAGUACUCUGUCAGUUUUACCUUCACCCAUGACUGUCAUUAGUUGUCAAAGUUGAAAAGUACUUUAGCUGUGAGAAAUCCUUGUAUGUUUUUAUUAUGAGAGGUAUAAUCAUCCUCAAAGCCUGUUUUUAUUACAUGAUGUGGAGUGAUUAUUUUUUCUAUCACAGUGUUAACAGAUGGAUUUUAUUGUAAAUACAAAGAAAAUAUAUUGAUUAUUGUAGUAUUCUUAUGUCACCUGGCCUUUUGCGUGAGAUUAUUUAUUAUUUCUAGCAAGGCUUUCUUCCUUUCUUAUUGCCCAGAGACUGACUGAUACAUCUUUUGUUAUUUUUACACAUACAUUAAACAUAGCCUUUUUGGACAAAUUCACUAAAUAUUAAUGUAUAAAAUGUAAUUGAGUAAAUUUUUAUCAGAAUUUUAAAAAUAAAAGAGCUUAGACUCAGUAGAACUCAGUAGAAGCUUCACUAUUUACUCCAGCGUGUGUAAAUUGUACUUACUCUAUUAUCAGAGUAUAUUUACUGUCCUUACCGUUGAUUCUUUCCCUUUGCUAAUUUUUUUUUUUUUUGUUAAUGGUAGCUGCGACUUUAGGUGGGGUAUAUUUUCUUCUCCUAAGAGAAUAGACAGUUUUUCCAGAUUCAUCAUCAUUGACUGUCAAGAAAGGACCCUUCAGCAAGGCUGUACCCUCAAUGCAGUUGAUGGCCUGCCUGUCUUCACGGAUUCACAGACUUGGCCUGAUGCCACAUGUAAAUUCAAGCUUUGGCUUGUGGUAACAACCACAAGAAGACAAGCGUCUGUGGUGCAGAGGCAAGCAGGCUAACUAGAAGUUGACAAGCUAAGAAAGUGAAACUGUUCUUUCUUAGUUAACAGUCUUUCUCUGGAGCUCUGUUAUUUUGAGUAUAAUAUUUCCACGACACUUAGUAAAUGCAAGCUAAAAUGUAAUAAUAAUAAAUUGUAUUGGAGAAACCUAAA